CUGGACGUCAUCUACUUUACUCAUCGAUUUGCAACAAAAUCUAGUAAAUAAAACAUGUUUUUACAAAUCACCACUCUUUAAACCUAAUUUUUUAGGUAAUAACAUUAAAUAUGGAUGAAGGAAAUUCUAUCAUAUACGGUCUAGAACACCAGACACGAGCGCUAUCGCCGCAGUAUGGAGAAAACGAUGCGAUUCGUUUCCUCAUCGGAACUCAGAGUCUAAAGCCGGGGACGAACCAAGUACACGUCGUCGAGCUAGAAGAGGACACGGGCGCAUUGCACACUAAGGUGUUCAAACAUGAGAUCGGAGAGAUCUGGCAACUGCGCUGCUCUCCUCAUGAUGCAGCCACAUUGCUGACCGUGCACAAUGCAUAUGACCCAGUGGCUGCUCAGUGUGCUAUGGGAGUCUCUGUCUACAAACUGCCUACAGUUGAGGUUAUACCAAAGGACUUGGAUGACCUCAGCGCUCUGCAGAGCAGGAAUGCUGAAGAUUUGGUGCAUUUGCAGACCAUUACACCAGAGAAACCAGAAGAAGAAGUCCGCUGCGCCGAAUGGCACUCCACAGACGCUAACCGUAUCGGAGUAGUAUACGAGUCCCACAUGUGCGUACGAGACUUAACAGCAGACUCCAUAGUCGCGCGAGCGGCGCCCGACGCCCGCGCGAGGCCCAAGCUUACAGGCGGCAAGUGGAACCCUCACCAACACGCUCAGUUCGCGCUGCUACAAGACACACAUAUAAAAUGCUUCGAUACUCGCGCCGACGGCGGCAAGCCUGCUUGGAGCAUAGAAAACGCACACAGGCAACUCACUAGAGAUCUGGAUUUCAACCCUAACAGACAAUUCCACGUAGCCAGCGCUGGGGACGACGGCGCUCUCAACAUCUGGGACUACAGGAGCGGAAAGGAGCCCAUAUUUAGCCGCCAGGACCACUCUCACUGGGUAUGGACGGUGCGCUACAAUUCGUACCACGAGCAACUGCUUCUCACGGGCAGUUCGGACGCGCGAGCGCUCCUCACAGCCGCGGCCAGUGUGUGUCGCGACCCUACCGAUACUGACAAGCCUACAUUGGAAGACGGCGUCCUCCAAUCGUACGAGCAGCACGAAGACUCCGUGUACUGCUGCGAGUGGAGCUCCGCGGAGCCCUGGACCUUCGCCAGCCUGAGCUGCGACGCGCGCCUGGUGCUGAGCAGGGUGCCCAGACAUUUCAAAUAUAAAUUAUUGUUGUAAUACUUAUUAACAAAAUAAAUGUAUGUUUAUAUUGAAA